AUGACGAAGGCGACAAAACAAAACGUCGAGGCGGAGAAGCGCGGCAAGGGCAAGAAGGGCAAGAAGAAGAAGAAGGGCGGCGGGAGCGGCGGCGCUGGGCCGUCGCAGGAGCCCGAGGCGCCGGCGGAGGGUGCAGAGGCGCCAUCAGAGGGUGCCGAGGUGCCGUCGGAGGCAGCCGCAGCCGAGGCCGCGAAGAAGGCCGAGGAGGCGAGAUUGAUCAGGCUUCUCGAAAGUUGUCACGAGGAGAGGAUCCGGCUCGGCAUCACGGCGGAGAGCCAGGCAGCGGCUUUAGCUGAGAUGGACAUGACGCGCGCAUCUGGCACUGCGCCCGGCUGA